AUGCAUCCCUCCAAGCAGUGGCUUCCGUCAGGGUACAAGCUCUCUCUCCGUCAUCUUGCGGCCUGCCCUUUGCCAUCAGUCGCUCGCCUCCAAACCCAGCGUCGAUGGGCUCAGGUCCAUGAUGUCAGAUUUCUCGUUACAAGGCGCCCGCCGCAAGCAGUGCUCGACAAGUAUCGCGAGAAGCUCAACCAAAAGGCCAAGCAGGAGGGCCACGGCAGCAUCGACGACUUGAAAUCUGCGUAUGCCGAUAGAAUCGACGCCCAGCGCAAGAAGGACGCCGUUGAAUUCCCGAUCCCCACGAUCCCCCAAGCUCCAACAACUCCCGUUUCGCAACCGAACCGAGGGCCGAUUCCAUCCCAACAGACUCCCAAUGCAGCAUCUGCACCGCCCAGCGCAAGAGGGAAAGCCGGCAUUCAGUCAUUGGACGAGAUUGUGGACGUUGGCAAAAUCCGUGAGCUCCCCGAAAAGGAGCUGACAGCCGUCUGGAGACUUCGCCACGCCAACUCACCCCAGAAACUCUGCGCUGUCAUGCCCGCAGCCUCAUACAAGUCCAUGGAGGCAAUGGCUCAGAAGUCGCCUCAAUUCGUCCUCCCGGUGCCUCACGAGACCCAAGGGGCCGAGAUUCACUUCUUGCAGUGGACUUUUGAUGCCGCAUCCAAGACGAGCACCGUACUCUUCACUCGGCUGGCAGAAUUCAAAAGCCGCGGCGAAUUUGCCCAGCCCCACACAACGGUGACGCAUCACCUCGACCUAGCUGAGGACAAGGGCCUCGUGUUGAUGCAAGGACAGACCAUGGAAGACGGGGGUGUUUGUCCUGAACAGGCCAAAUGGCUGGUCUUGUGCCUUCAACGAUUCUAUGGAGCUUGGGAAAGCCGCGAGGCCGAGGUCGACGGCUCGAGGAAAGAGAGGGCCAACGAAGGAAGGAAGCUGGUGGAGUGGUUUGGAAGCGGCGACUCCAGGUUUAGUGUUGAAAAGCUGCUUGAGGAGGCUGAGAGGAUUGGAUAG